GUGCCAGGGGCCCCACGUCACGGGGACAGCGAGGCCCUGCUGCCCCGGCAGCGCUCUCAUUCCAGCCGGAGCACGGGCAGCAGCAGCACGGCCGAUCCCCCGGCUGCAGACAGGGAGAGAUGUCCGGAGGCAUUUUCUCCCCAUUGGGGAGCUGCUCGGAGCUGGAGAAGGCCAAUUGCCACCCACUGGUCUGCCUGCUCUGCCACGAGCCCUACCAGCACCCCUGCCUGCUCGACUGCUACCACAACUUCUGUGCCAGCUGCCUGCGGGGCCGCGCCAGCGACGGCCGCCUGCGCUGCCCCCUCUGCGGGCACCCCUCGGUGGUGAGGGGGGGCACGGGGCUGCCCCCCGUGGACCGGCUCCUGCAGUUCCUGGUGGACAGCUCAGCCGACGGCGAGGAGGAUGUGCAAUGUGCCAACUGCGACCGGCGCUGCGCCAAGGCGGAGCUGGACACCAUGUACUUCUGCAACACGUGCGGGCAGCCCCUGUGCGCGCCGUGCCGCGAGGAGACGCACCGUGCCAAGAUGUUCGCUCGCCACGAGAUCGUCUCCCUCUCCAAGCGCACCAAAGACAUCCACAAGAAGUGCCCACUGCACGAGGAGCCCUACAUCAUGUUCUCCACCGAGAAGAAGUCCAUGCUCUGCAUCAACUGCUUCAGGGACAUGCAAGGGGAGAGCCGAGCGCACUGCAUCGACAUCGAGACGGCGUACAUGCAGGGCUGCCAGCGCCUGGACCAGGCGGUGAUGGCUGUGAAGGAGCUGCAGACCUCCACGCGUGAGGCCAUCGUGCUCCUCAAGGCCAUGAUCGAGGAGGUGCGCAACAGCGCCAGCGAGGAGGAGGCAGCCAUCAACUCCCUCUUCGGCCGCAUGCAGGAGCAGCUCUCCGAGAGGAAGAAGGCGCUCCUGAAAGCUGUGCAGAGCCAGCACGAGGAGAAGGAGAAGGCGUUCAAGGAGCAGCUCGCCCACCUCGCCUCGCUGCUGCCCACCCUGCAGGUCCAUCUGGUGACCUGCUCCGCGUUCCUGAGCUCCGCCAACAAAGCCGAGUUCCUGGACCUGGGCUAUCAACUGAUGGAGAGGCUGCAGAGGAUCGUGAAGCUGCCGCAUCGCCUGCGGCCGGCGCAGACCAGCAAGGUAGAGCCCUGCCACGGCCGAGGCCUGCCCAUGGGCACCGCAGCCACGCUCACCCCAUCUCACCCCCAGAUCAACAGCGAGUACCGCGCGGAGUUCGCCCGCUGCCUGGAGCCGCUGCUCAUGCUCAGCCCUCGCCGCUCCGUGGUGGGCAGCGCCAGCGGCAUCGGCCCCGGCAUCACCGGCACCAACAUGCUCCCCGGCGGCCAAUGCUCCAAGACCCUUAUGGUGCCCAGCUGCCCCCCCGACGGCGACAAGAUGUCCACGGGCCCCCUGGUGCGGAAGCCGACGAUGCACCGGUACAUCAGCACCAAGGUCCUGCUGGCCGAGGGGCGCGAGACCCCCUUCGCCGAGCACUGCCGCAACUACGAGAACACCUACCGGAUGCUGCAGACAGAGAUCCAGGGCCUGAAGGACCAGGUUCAGGAGCUGCACCGCGACCUCACCAAGCACCACUCGCUCAUCAAGACGGAGAUCAUGAGCGAGAUCCUGCAGAAGUCGCUGCAGAUGGACGUGCAGAUCGCUGCUCACUACUCGGCCGUGGAGAUGAUGCGCAGCGUCUUCGAGGAGGUGUGGGAGGAGACGUACCAACGGGUGGCCAACGAGCAGGAGAUCUAUGAAGCCCAGCUCCAUGACCUGCUGCAGCUGCGGCAGGAGAACAACUGCCUGACCACCAUCACCAAGCAGAUCGCACCCUACGUCCGCUCCAUCGCCAAGGUGAAGGAGCGGCUGGAGCCCAGGCUGCAGGAGCCCCGGGAGCCCAAGGAGGAAACAGCACAGAUGCUGCUCAAGAUGUGCGAGGACAGCGAAGCAGCACCCAGCCAGACCCUGCCGAGGCGCCUUCCCCUCCGCAGGGACCCCUCGCCCGGCGGCAGGGAGGGGGCUCCAGCCAGCACCGAGGGGGGCUCCCCGAGAAGCAAAGAUUGCCACAGGGGCCAGCAGGAAAGCAGGGCUGAGAGCGGCACCCGGACAGAGCCCGCGCCAUAGAGCCCAGCACUGGGUGCAUGGAGCUGCUUUGUGCCAUGAGCAAGG